GUAUCCCUGAGUUUCAGAGAGAAAGUCAUUCAGGAUACAUUCAAAGAACCAUCAAGAAAUGGGGACCUGGAUUUUGUUUGCUUGUCUCCUGGGAGCAGCCUUCGCUAUGCCCCUACCACCUCAUCCUGGGCACCCUGGUUACAUCAACUUCAGCUAUGAGAAGUCACAUUCUCAGGCUAUCAAUACUGACAGGACUGCAUUAGUGCUUACCCCUUUGAAGUGGUACCAGAGCAUGAUAAGGCAGCCGUAUCCUUCCUAUGGUUACGAACCCAUGGGUGGAUGGCUGCACCACCAAAUCAUCCCUGUGCUGUCUCAACAGCAUCCCCCGAGUCACACCCUUCAGCCUCAUCACCACAUUCCAGUGGUGCCAGCUCAGCAGCCCGUGGCCCCCCAGCAACCAAUGAUGCCAGUUCCUGGCCACCACUCCAUGACUCCAACCCAACACCAUCAGCCAAACCUCCCUCCACCCGCCCAGCAGCCCUUCCAGCAGCCUUUCCAGCCUCAGCCUAUUCAACCCCAGCCUCACCAGCCCAUGCAGCCUCACCAGCCCAUGCAGCCUCACCAGCCCAUGCAGCCUCACCAGCCCAUGCAGCCUCACCAGCCCAUGCAGCCCCAGCAACCUCUGCACCCCAUGCAGCCCCUGCCACCACAGCCACCUCUGCCUCCAAUGUUCCCCAUGCAGCCCCUGCCCCCCAUUCUUCCUGAUCUGCCUCUGGAAGCUUGGCCAGCAACAGACAAGACCAAGCGGGAAGAAGUGGACUAAAAAUAUCAGAGAAUGAGAGAACUGAAGUGGAGACUUCGGUUGUUCUUAGGAAUAACACAAGAAUACAAUGAUUUGUGCCUACAAUCAUUUUACUUAGCAAAUUC